AUGUCGGACGUCUCAUCGCGGCUGCUCACCAUUCGUGAGGCUGCGCAUGUGUUUCUACUCAAGACAUCCAGCCGCGCACCCAGUGGCGAUGACGAUGGCGCACCCCUCGGUGGCGGCGCUGCUGCUGCUGCUGCUGCUGCGACUGGACCGUCGUCCGCCCAUCCAGCAGCAAGCUCCACUCCAGCGGCCGCCAGCGCCAGCACGCCGAGCCAGUCGUCGCGAUCCGAGCGCGCUGCGUGGCUUGUCGACCAUCUGCACCAAGUUGUGCGUCCAACUCAGACCUUGCCGCAUCAGUUGGCGCAUGUCUGCUGGAAAUCCACGCCGUCGCGCGUUCAAGACGAACAGGGCGACCGGCCAAUCCCCGCGUCGAAAGACAACUAUAUCGUGCUCUCCGUGAUACCCAAGCACGAAUCUCCAAGUAGUAGCAACGCGAACGCACAACAGCAGCAGCCGACACAGUCGAGCGGCGACGCUCCGAACAUGCUGCUCUCUGCUGCCUUUCAAUCGCGACAUCGAGAAGCCCUCCAGCAACAGCAAGCUGGGCUGGCCACCAAUGAAGACUUGCAGAGUCACACCUCGUCUUCGUCGUCAUGGGCAUCUCAACUGCAAUCGCAACCGUGCGUGGUGGUGCCCGACACCAAGGUCACAUUUCUCUCUUCAAGCUAUCGCCUGGUGUUAUCCGUGGAUGUCUCGGUUUCGAUGGCGACAACCGACGGCGGUUCAGGGUCGGUCGUCUUUGAAGAGCUCUAUCGCUCCAUUGACGAGUCACUGCAGGGUUUGGCGGCUCCAUUCCUCGUGCCUGGAACAGAUCUUGUCGUGGCCCCCGAAAUUUUCCUCUCGGUCAUCGCCCAGUCGCCAUUCCUUGCGUCCACCAUCAAUCCGCCCAGUCACGCGCAAACUCAUGCCCUCAACCAGUACAUGACGACGACGGGCUUGUCAGCGCGCCCCGGUGCGCCUUCAGCGCAGGCGCCCACUUUUGGCGUGAAUCCAGCGAGGCCGUCAUCCACAACCGCUUCCAUUACAGAUCCGAUUCCUCCGGUUAAAGUCCUGGUCCAUGGCGUGCGCAUCACCCAAAAGAACGCUCGUCACGUGUCAGCACACAUCAAGAAACGGCUCAUGCAGUUCGAAUCCCGCUUGGCCUCGUUCACUGCUGCCCUCACCCUCCCACAGCCUGGAUCUGGGCCACCGAGCAAUCUCACAACAUUGCUUGCCAGCUCGUCCACCACACCAUCGACUCUCGCCCCCUCGGUCAAAGGGGCGGUUGCAACUGCAACCAUGAAGAAUCGCGCCACUUCUCCAGGGGCCAAUCAAGGGCCUGCAGCGUCAACAGCUGGGCCAAGCUCCGUCAUGAACCCUGCGCCACCGCCUCCUUCAUCCUCCUUUUCGCCGUUUCUCUCACAACUCAUGCCUGCCGACACGGGUUUUGCCAAUACCCUUCAAAAUGCCAUUUUCGCACUCAAUCUGUUACCGUCACAUGCCACCCCUGCCGUUAUUGUGCUGACUGACGGCGCUGUCACUCUGCCGGAGGGCAACUCUGCCCUGGACAAUGUCUUGACGCUUUUCGGUCGGCGCGAUGUCGCGUGCUCGCUCGUGCACGUUUCUUCCGCUUAUCGGCCAGGGUGUAGCUUUGGACUUGUUUCCAACGCUGAAGUUUUGAAUUUUGUAGCAGCUUCCACGGGUGGCAGCUUCUUGUACAGCAAGGACAUUCUUAGUGGCGGGCGCGCACUCAACCAGGGCCAGCCUUCCGCCCCGCCGCUGUUUGUUUCCCUCGCCCCUUCUGCUACACCAUCGCAAGAUUAUACCUCUGCUGAUUCUGGGAGCAGCCAGCGCGUAUUUUCGGCUUCAGUCGGCAGCUCUAGCGCCAGCAGUCCGCGUGGCAGCAGCACUGGCACCCCGAGUUCUCCUCUUGGCGGCAAAGGCUUUGCACUCGAGACGACUACUACCGCGCCACCCCAAACUUCCCCGCAAGCGGCCGAUCGUCCCCUGAUGAUGAACAUCUUUCAUGACUCGUGGCUCUGCCAGCACCUUCAUCUUGGCCAUGAUCGGUUGCUUGAAGAGCAGGUGCUGCCGGUUGUGUCCUUUCUCAGCUCUGGCGGACGCACAACAGGCUACGGUCCGUUGCUACCGCUUCCUGCACUCGCGACCGUCCAAUCCACCUCAAAGUCGCCCGUAAACGCUUCAUUCCCGGCCUACUUUGCGCACAGACAGUCAGCACCGACUGGACCGGCUUCGUCGGCGUGGACACAAGUUAUUCACCAGCUCUGGCGUGAGCUCGUUCCCGCCGUGCCGAGACCACUAUCGCGCCAGGACAUUUCGCCCGAGGUCCUCGUCAAGCCAACCUCUGUUCUCCAGCUUUACUUUGCGGUUGAUGGCGGCUUUCCCUGGUCUGCGAACGCUCCGCCCUGCGUUCCUGUUCUCCGUCGCCUGGUCACGGGGAAGGAGUAUACACUGGCCUGCGGAGGCAUUGGCUGCGCCGUGUCCAUGCGCCUUCGCGAGGGCUUUACCUUGCGCGAAAUCAAAACCACGCCCGUGAUUGUCGCGACCCAAAAUGCGCAACAAGCUGCUGCUGCCAGCAGUGGCGGCUUUCCGUCUUCGCUCCCAAACACGACUGGCAUCCAGCAGCACGGGAAGGCGUGGAUUCCUUCUUCCGCACGCCUCGUUUUGCCCUGGAAACAAAACGUCACUCUCGAGUACAACAUUGAGGCCUUGUGGACGCCGCAGGCGUUGACCCAGUUUAUUCGCCACUCGUCGGCUCCACAUCCCGAGGACGCACCGCCGCCACUUGUUAGCAGCUCUGCGGCGCCAGUGUCUUGCAGGAUUUUGCCCUCCAUCUUCCAACCCAUGGACAUGUGCCAAGUUCGUGUCACGCUGACAGUGGUUGCUCCUUACUCUUUCCACCGACACUUGAGCAAGGUCAAGGAGCUGACCGCACAGCCUCCCGCCUCAGUAUCUCCGCUUGCCGGCGCUGCGAUUAAACUCAGUCAAUUCAUUAACUUGUUGGCCGACACGGAUCGAUUGUUUGGGUCGUUCCAUGCCUUUUCGCUCAAUCAGUCCUUCCACUGCUUGCCGCGGCCCUCCAUGCUUGCCCUGUUUGACCAAACGCCGCAACUGUCCACUGCCUCUGCGUCGUCGGCGGCCCCUGCGGCGCCUGCUGCAUCGGCCGACCAAUCCACGAAGGACUCGCGUGGCACCUCGCUGGCUGCUGUCGGUGCGCUCGCUGAGCAGCAAUUCCACGCGCCUUCAGCCCAGUCCGGUACCUCGCUGACCUCGCUGACAUCGACACCGAUUGUCUUGCUGCCAUUCUCUGCGUUGAGUAUGGCUUUUGACGAUUCAGAUGUCGACAGCAGCAAUGCACCAGCCGCAGCCUCCGCCGCUGCCGCAGCCGUUGCCGCAGGUGGAGCGCCGUUGCAGCCUGACAUCACCACCGAGCCACAAACAGGCGCUAGCUCCAAUUCUGCUGGGAUUGCAUCGCCGAGCUUGACAAGCACGACCCCGGCAGCAUCGACACAGUCCGUCCCGUCGACCUCAGCAACCACUUCGUCCGUCUUGCGACAUCAAGCGAUUGUUCCUGCUCUGCACGAGUCCCUCUUUCUUUCGUAUUGGAAGCAAGUUGCUGCGUUUGGCACCAGCACAUGGGGACGCUGGCUCGAUGUGCAUCGCAUCACGACCAUUUUGGUGGCCGAUGCCUUUUUAGAUGGAACCUUUAGCUCGCCGACGUCCAAAUCCGUUGUGAAUAUGCGGCCCCGUUUUGGUCGCUCCACGAGCGCGCUGCUUCAAUUCCUCCGCGAGUGGUGUUCCUUCGUGCUCGUCGCCAACACCUCGUUUGUCCGAUUUCUGCGCAAAACCCGGCAUACGAACACGAGGGACUCCCCUGACACGGAUCCCAACCACCCAGACAACAAGUUCGAUGCGUUUUGCCUGCUCCGUCUGUCCUGGGAAAGCCCUUGCCUCGUGGUUAUCACGAUCGGAUUUUUCAACACCAAUCUGACAGUUCGGAAUGCAGUUUUAACCGACAUGGAGAAUGCGAUGCGCCAUCUUUCGCUCGUUUCCGACACGAUCGGCAGCACCGAUGCCAGCAAGCGCAGUACACCGUAUGGGCGCCCUUCCGACUCUUCCACGCGCAGCGGCAGUUCCAACGACUUGACCAAAUCACCGGCAAUCGCCAGUCGCAAGCGCAAACACAAGCACAAAAAGUCCAAGCAGCGGCAGGACUCUACCACAGACCCUGUCCAUGAUUCCGCCCCCGAGGACAGCGGUGUCGCUCAUUUACGCCUGGCUGCCAAUGCCGAUUCUCUGAACAGGUCGCUUCAAGGUGCCAGUGAUGACGAGACCAGCAGUGGCGAGGAGGAUGAUGAGGGCUUGUCUCUUGCUCGCGAUCGACGUGACUCCAGCAAUGCACGUAGCGAAGGCUCUGAUGGCUCUGGUUCUUCCACUGCAGGAAACGAAACGGAUUCAGAAUCUGAGACGACUCGGUCACUCCGCUCUCCCUCUCAUAGUGGAGCUCCAACGCCGCGAUCAGAUACCACCGGGACUGGUCGUCACGCCGUGGAUGAGGAAGAGCUAAAAUCACUUCAAUUCGCCCCGGUUAUGCACCUCGUCUCCAAACCGCUGCGAGAGUUGGUGGUAUUCCAUGAUCUCGAGGCGCAACAGCCACCAAGAGAUGCGAUCGGGACGGGCGGCCGUUUGCAGCCGGCAUCGUCCAGCGUUGAGCUUCGUGGAAAUGCAGCAGCAGCAGGUGUUCGCCCGUCGGCUUUGCCGGGCGACAAGCCAUCGUCGCCAGUCUCGCGUGUCGCACCCUCGCCAUCUGCACCAAGUAUGAAUGGCGGGGGUGUCUCGCAAUCCAGCAUGGCUUUCUCGCAGUCCCUGUCCCAGUCAGCAUCGAAUCCGAGUCUCGCAGGCUCUGGGCCAAAGGUGCCUCGAAAAACUCCCCUUCCGCUCUUGGGCUCGCACUUUGUUCGCCGGCGCUUCAUGUGGGCAGUAACGUGCUUGCCCACGUCUGUAACAGCUACAAAGUCGUCCGCCUUACAAGCAUCUCCCCGCUCGUCCACCUUGGGCCAUCCUGCAUCGAGGCCGGCCGCGGUUCGACCGCCAAUCUUUUCUGGCGCAAGUCCCUCGACGAGUCCAGGGCUGGGAGCCAAAAUGCCAAACAUGCGUCCCCUCUCCUUGGACGGGCAGUUUGCUGACGCUGCCUUCUCUUCGCGUGGUCCAGCGGCCGAUUCCACCGCUGUCACUUGUCACUCCAUGAGCACCCCAGCGUUGAUCGUGGAAGCUCUCGUGCGUGCGCGCCUCGAGGAAGGGUUUGUCGUCGUUGUGUCUGACUCGGCUUCCCUGACCAUGGUGCGUGAGCUCACUCAGCUUGUGCCGACGUCGAUGCCUCUCGUGAGUCGCGCAAAAGACGAGCACAUGGCCCUCGUUCGGGAUGCUCAAGCUUCUUCGACAUCUAUCGAGUAUCGAAUGCUUCCGUUCCUGCUCCAGUAUGUGGUCUUCCUCAACCGAACGAGUCACGAAACUCGUGUGAUUACCGAGCUGUGGAUGGAGCCGCAGGCUGGUUUUGCCUGGCGAGUCCCGGAAACGAUUGCGUUGUCUGCCGAGUUGCCACCGUUCAACGGCAGCACGCCUCAUGGCGCCGCUCACAGUAGUACCAGCAAGGCCGCCGCGGUGGUCGCCGCACCGUCUCACGAGCAGCUUGCGCAACUUUUCGCCGCGCACGAUAAGAAUCUUAUUUCAGCGAUUGCUACCUUUGAUCACAUUAUUUCCGUCGGCCGAGGCGUUGCCCGAAUGCCUCAUGCGUCAGCCGCUGGGCAAUCACAAUCCAUCUUGCCGGGAUUCGCGCCCAGCCAGCAACUCAGUGUGCCAAUCACCCAACUGCACACGGGCUACCAGCAUCUUGCGUCCCAGCCUCUCGUCUCCUUUCCAAGCACCCUGCAGUACUCUCAGACUGCAAUCACCUUGGCAUCGGCUCCAAGUCACAAAUUUACGCUGUUGCCUCCGCAGUACGAGCACUCUUGGGAUUUACAGGCAGAUUUGCAGCUAGUCCCGUUCACCUUCCGGCCAGCCCUGCUCAUGAGCCAUUUGUAUGACGCAGUGCGAACCUUCUCGUGGUUUCAGCCCCAAGGACAGACCGGAGGUGAAGCUGGCGAUCUGAUCGCUGGAGCGACGGCUCUGUUGAGCCCCUCCGCCGGUGUUCACGGACUUGCGACUCCGAAUGAUGCCCAAGGGAAGAUGGCGCAGGCCGGACCCUUGACUCUCACACCAUCGGUGCUUGCUACGUUCAACUCGAGCACGGCGCCGCUUCCUAGCUCUGCCUCACAUUCACACUCGGCAUUUUUCAACGUUUCAGAAGUAACAACUCCGGCUGCAGUGCCAGUUGGCCCGCACCCGCUGGACUUGUUGGCUUCCUCACAAGCCUAUGACACAAAUUUGGCCAAUUCCUUGCUGUUCGCACUGAUGGAGCGGUCUCUGUUCUCGUUGAGCGAUGCCGAGCUUUCGCUGCAGCCGCACGACCAACAGGCCUUGCUCAAUAUGCUGCUCGAGCCUCUUCGCGUUGCCAGUCUGACGACGCAACCGCUGCCCACGUCUCUGACAGCACCUGCGUCGCCGUUUUGCCGUGUCUUUUUCAAAAUGGUCGAAGGGGGCCAUUUGUUGUUCUCCCUCACCCCCUCUUGGGAAUGGCAAAAUGCCCUGGCAUUGUACUCUGCUCGUGCAUCCCUUCCAGCCAGCUUCCUGGCAGCACAGCCGUCCGGCCUCAACGUGCACAUGUUCCAGUGCGCCAGAGAAGCCUUGCUCAGCUCUCCGACUGCCAGCUUUGACCUUGUUGCGGCCCUCGGCGCAGCGACUCCAUUGCCGCCUCGAAGCCCGCUCUCGACGCAACCUCCACCACUGCCAAGCCACGUCUCGGCUCGUCGCAGAGUGCCGCUAGAGCUUGCGCGGGAGACGGCUAAAACCUGUUACUUGCUCGAUCAGCUCCACUCUCGCGACAUUGUCACAGCCAUGUACUAUGCACUGCAGCUUGGCGUGAGCGUUUCCAACCGCGACUUUUUGAACGCCAUGGAUGGGUGCGAGGAGUCGUACGAGGACAUGGACAUUACCCAGUUUGUGCUUGCCUCGCAGCUGGCAGUGGAUCGCGCCGUGCUGGACGAAGCAACCAAGCACGGUCCUGCGAAUUCCGAGGCGGCGAGUUUAGCAGCAGCUGCUGCUCUUCAAAAGAGCAUGAAGGAGCGGUUUGAGGCGAUCGUUGGACAACACUUCCGCAAGGUGCCCAACUGCGGCGAAUACUACUACUUUGCGUUGCCGGAUCUCAUGCAGCUGCGCAGCACCCUCCAGGCUCGUCAGCGGGAGUUCCGAAUUCAACAGCAGCAGCAGCAGCAACAACAACAACAACAGCGACAGCCACAGACUCAGGCACAGACACAGACACAGGCACAACCGCCUUCGCUUUUGUCAAAGCUCACUACAAAGGAGCAAGUUGUGGCUUCCGGAAGCUCCACUUCAGCCUCGUCAGCAGCCACUCCCACCCUUGUGGAAACUUUCCCUCAGGCUGGAUUUGAUGCUAUUGACGCUGCAUUCUUUGCAAAUCUCGAUUGGCUGCACUUUUUGCCCGAAACUCUGCUUCUCAACGAUACCCAGCCGCUGUUUAUUCGGAUGGAGUGCUCAGUCCGCCGCUCGCGAACGGCAACGCAGAGCUCGUUUUACGCCGACGUUCCGAUUGAUACCAUACCCACGACGUUCGCCGAGCUCGUUGAAGACGAGCGUCAGGGCGCCAAGCUUUUGGAGGGCUUGCGCGUCGUGGCAGAAAAUGCCUCCGUGUCCUUCCGCUCUACAUCCGAGGAAGCCUCGGCUACGGUUGCUGCCGACCCGCUGGCAGGCCUGUCAGUUACUCUCCAUAUCAUUUGCCUGACGCUGCCCGCCGAGCUGGACGACGAGGCAUCUCUUCUCUUCAACCCGGCGGACAUUGCGACCUCGCUCCGCAGCGGCAGCGAUGCAGUCUUCCACGACGUGGAUGAUCCAUUUGCCGACUGGAGCGACUCCCGCUUUGGUCGCUCUGCUCCGACAACACCCGAUGUGGAAUUUGGCCCUCCCGAUUUGCGAUGGCAAAUGGAUGCACGGGGCGGCAGCAGGCGUCCCAACAAGAAGGCCCAGCAAGGAAGGUCGGCCGCGUCCUCGAGAUCGAGCUCGGUGGGCGCUCGUCAGCACCGCCGGCGUCUUGGUCGUGGGAAGCAUGGUGGUGCUGCUGGCACACGGCAGCUUGCUUCCCCGACGAAUCGUUCUGCCGAUGCCACCGCCUCGGCUUCGAGCAGCGAUGAAGACGAUGACGAAGCUGCCAGCGAGGAGGCCGAUAGGAGCAACAACGACCUUGCUGAAAGCGGCCAAGACGACGAAGAGCGCUCGGAUGGCGGCGCGUCGUUCGACACGACAAGCAGCAUCCUUGGCGACAGUGCGCGAGGGGGUCGACGCAAUCAACUUGGACCUCGCCGCACUGGCCGCGCUGGUGCUCAUCAUCUGUUGGCGCAGAACGCGGGACCAGAAGACGGCAGCGACCGCAGCUCCGAUGCCGGCAACGACAACGAGGAUGAUGAUGAUGAUGAUGCUGAUGACGAUGAUGACGACGACGAUAGCCUCGCUCUGGACGACGAUGUGCAACUCGUUCGUGAUGCAGGCAAGCUGCUGGGUCCGGUGCACCGCAACGCCUUGACCGAGACAUGCGAGGCCAUCCAGUGGUUUAUUUCGGACGAGCUUGUAUCUGCCCUCCGCUUUUCAUCCAAGGUGGAUUCAUCGACGUUGGAUGCCGUUGUCACUCACGUGCUCAAGCCGGCACCCGCCACCUGCAACCCCCUGGCGUGUUUCAAAGAUCUGCAGCUGUCCUUUGUUCAAGAGGCCUUCAGCUCGGAGCUCUUUGCCGUUGCCUUCCAUCACUUGCAGUUGAUGGGGCUGAGAGUUGAAACUCACGGGCAGCUCGGCUUCUUCACAUUCAAUCCAAGCCAAGCCCUGCCUCGGACGGAUGCUUCUGAUUCUCCAGCUGCUGUUGUCGCGAUGACACCUCAAUUGCUGUCCAUGUCGAGCCAUAUUCCCAAUCUUGACCCCUCGACGCUGAAGGGCUCUUUCGACGAGCUCGAAGCGCGCUUGGUGGCUGCUCCUGACGAUGAAGCCACAGCAGCUUCAACGACACCCGGUGGCGCGCUACCGCCCACCACCCCUCGCCGUCACUUUGCCGACACCCGACAGGACUCCACGUCGAGUACCGGCAACGCGCCCGAUGCUUUCACUUCCGGAGCAAUUUUGGGUCUGGAAAAGACCCAGAACGAGGACGCACGCACUGUGGCCCAAAUCGUCGCGGAUGCUGCUCCCACCGGGGUUGUGCCCUUUUGGCUUAUUGUGUACGUUGAUCAUGCGAGAGUGCGGUACUUUUUCCACGUCCGAGACAGUCACACCGCCGGGACCGGCUCUUAUUACCAGCUGUUCGAUCAGCUGUCUGGGCUGGUCGAGGAAGCGUGCAAGCGUGUCAAUCAGGUGCUUCUGUUGCGCCAGCUUCAUGAAACCCGCACCUGCUCUCCGUUCCUGGUGCCCGCCGCGCAAAGUCUCACGGAAGAGCGAAUUGCCGACUCAAUGGAUGUCGCCUUCACGAGAAGUGGCGAGCGCGGCGGCGUCUUCCGUGACGCCCAGUUCCAAUGCCAGUGUGUUUGGCGGGCUCACAUUCCUUUGCAUCGCCGCCUCAAGUCCGAUCAGGCGCUGCGCGCUUUGAAGGGAGUGCUAGAUCCUUUUGCCGUGUCCAAUCGACCCAACAUUUACGUCUAUCAGGAGAAAAGUGGCGCGGUCUUUUACUUCCGCCUCGACGAGUCUGCCUGCACGACAGAGGGUAACUCGUUGGUGGUCACGCAUCGUCAGCCGAUCGAGGCCUCGGAAACUCCUACCCAACCCCGCAUGACUCGCUCUGGCUCGGUCGGCUCGCUGGCCGACGAUCUGGCGACUGCUCAACCAUCCUUGCAGCCCGCGGGCGCGAACGGUCGACGAGAGUCGAACACUCCCCUGAAAGUCCCUCGCGAGAGCAUCAUGCUGCAGGUGUUUGGCAUCUCGGACGCUGGCGAGGAGAUUACAGUGCAAUUUGUUGAGCUCCUCAAGAGCCGACUGAGCGCCGUCACGCUCAACCUCAUCUCAACGCUCGUGUCGCGCAAUGUCACCAUCAAACUCACGCCAGAAGACUUUGAGUUUUUGAGGCAGCCCAACGAAGAGCCAUCGCGCACCGUGUGUCUCUCCGUCCCAGCAUUUGUUGACAAUCACGCAGCCUUCUUGGCCUAUCUCCGCCUGAAUUUGUUGCAAUGGGUGCAUGCGCUGAGCGUCAUUGAGGCGACAGACGCUGCAGCUGGUUCAGCGGCGUCCUCUUCGCAGGCUCAGCUGAGUCGCGCAUCGUCCCCUUUCCCUCUUCACGUUUCGGCGUCUAGUCAGGCAGCCACAGGUGCUACUAUCAGCAUCGACACAGUCAGCGCGGGCGGAGGUGCCCAGCACUCCACCGACAGCGUCAGCUUGGCUGCGAGCAAUCCCGAUCCGACCGCGGCUGCAUUCAACUUGAGCGAUUUUGUGUUCUUGUACAACUGCCUGGGCGCGGCGGCCACCCCAACUCCGCUCGCCACAACGGUCGGUCAAGGAAUGGCCUGCAUCUACUUGCAGCCGCUGGACAAGGUUUCCGGCGAGGCGCUUCGCUCCGUCCCCAUUGGCGCUCCGUUUGCAGAUACGACGUUUGACAUUCAUACAAUGGAUGUGUCGCUGUUGCAUUGCGAUCGCUACACUUUCCCUUCUGCGUCCGAGGCGAGCGUCGAUUCCAACCAAGCGCAACAUCCACCACCAACCGCGCCAGGGCUUGUCCUGUCGUUUAGGCUCUUCACUCGUGGAGCGGUCAACCCGGACGCGCUGCUUGAUCGCAUUACCACUUCGCUCAACCAAACCCUGUGCGACUUUAUCUUGGAGCAGCGCAUGCUCGUUCGACCCUCAUCCACCCCGAUGACCAUUGUGGGCGAAGC